UACACCUCGACGGCGCCAGCCAUGUCCGCUGCAUACGACCGGGCAGCCGAGCUCCGCGCGCUGGACGCCACCUUCUCCGGCGUCCGGGGCCUCGUCGCUUCCGGUGUCACGCACGUCCCCCGCAUCUUCCGCCUCCCCGACCACCACCAACAACCACCGCAUGAGCCCAUCCACCCCUCCAGCCAAGAAACGCCGGUGGCGCCGUCGUCGAAGUACGUACCGGUGAUCGACAUCGGCGCCGGGGACCGCGCCUCCGUGGUCGCGGCUGUCGGGCGCGCCGCGGCGGAGUGGGGGUUCUUCCAGGUGACGGGCCAUGGCGUGCCUCUGGAGUCAAUGGCCACGGCGGUGGACGCGGUGCGGGGCUUCCACGAGGCUGGCGGCGGCGAGGGCAGCGACAAGGCCAGGCUCUACUCGCGCGAGCCCGCGAGGGCGGUGAAGUACCACUGCAACUUUGACCUGUACCAGUCGCGGGUGGCUAACUGGCGUGACACGCUCUACCUCCGCAUGGCGCCCGACCCGCCCCACGCCGGCGAACUGCCAGAAACCUGCCGCAGUGCACUGUUUGAAUACGCUCAGCAAGUGAAGAAUUUGGGGAACAUUUUGUUCGAGCUCCUCUCAGAAGCUCUUGGGCUUAAGCAGAGCUACCUGACAGAUAUCGAGUGCAACCAAGGACAGAUCAUACUCUGCCACUACUACCCUCCUUGCCCCCAGCCUGAACUGGCCAUUGGCACAAGCCGGCAUUCAGACUCCGGGUUUCUCACUGUGCUGCUCCAAGACGAAAUCGGUGGCCUCCAGAUCCUCCAUGAGGACCGGUGGGUCGACGUCACACCAACCCCUGGAGCAUUCAUCGUAAAUAUUGGUGAUCUCCUGCAGUUGAUCUCCAACGACAGGUUCCGGAGUGUGGAGCAUAGGGUGGUGGCGAAGAAUGUUGCGCCGAGAGUCUCCAUCGCGUGCUUCUUCAGCACACAUUUCCACCCGGCCUCGACGAGGAUGUACGGCCCUAUCAAGGAGCUCCUGUCCGAUGAGAACCCACCGUUGUACAGGGAGACCCUGGUUAGAGAUUACAUCAAACAUUACUACUCCAUCGGGCUAGAUGCCAAGACUGCUAUCUCCAACUUCAGGAUAUGACAUGGGAGAGUAGCUGAAUGGUGUUAACACUAAGAACGGACCGCAAAAUCACAGCAUAAAUUUAGGUAACAGCUUGGUUACCUAAUGUAUUUCACUAGAAGAGAUCAUAUAGUGAGAAAUCUUCAGGAAACUCAUCUUUGUUACUUCGUUUGUAAAUGAAACCUAUUUUUUUCUUUUAGUUCAGAUCUUGUAAGAGUAGAUGCUUGGUCUAUGCACAACUCCACUCAUUGGUUUUUUCCUUGAGCUGUUUGUAGAGAAAUGGCGACUUGCCCUGCUUUAUA